CUUGAAAAACCUGGUGAAGAAUAAGAUAGACACGCACCUUCUGGCCUUUGAGAUUUACUUUAGGAAAGAAAAGUUCCUGUUAAUGCUACAGUCAGUGAAGAGGGCCUAUGCAAUAGACCCGGACCACCCUUGGCUUCACCAGUGUUUAGUGCGCUUCUUUAAAGGAGUGUCUGAAAGUAAAGACCUAGCAGAAUCGGUCAGCAUGGUUGUCAAGCAGGAAAUAUCCAGGAUGUUUGGGGAAAGUAAUGCUAAGAACUUCAACCAGGCCUUCCUCACCAAGCACUUCAAUUCCAUCCCUCAUCGAGUAGCAGCUGCCAAAAUGAUGUUCUACUUAGACCCUUCAACACAGAAGAAAGCGGUGGAACUGGCUAUAGCACUUGAUGAAUCACUGAACAACAGAAACAUUCAGGUACAUAAUGGGCUACAGGACUUUAAAGGAUUAGUUUCCUGA